GCAGAAUGUAACGUUUAAAUGCAGUAUUAGUGUUCGACAUGGAGUUUGGAAAAUAUAAAGAUUCGAUUUGGCUUUUGAAUAAGAAAAAAACAGCAAAUUGCAACGACUGUUUCUACACGUCUCCGUUUGUCAAGUACGUGCUACCAAGUUUCCUCGUUGUGCUGCUAAUCCUAACUUUCACUUACUUCGGACUGCUCACCUGGUUGCCACUCGGAGACGCAGACAGUCAAGCAACAUGCCAUUUGCAGCCGAGUUAUUACGUGUCUUGCCUUCCUGAUAGACAGAUAAUCCCAAAAGAUGAUUGUCUCAAACUUGGGUGCUGCUGGAGAGAAGACAUGAGAAUCUGUUAUCACUCCUUUCCUUCGAGAUACGGAUAUAAGGUGGAUGAAUAUCAGUGGACAUCAGAUGGUUUAGAGGGAAGCGUGACCGCCACGAGAAUGCUCAGCCCAGCGGGUAAGCCAGCCCGAGGUCGUCUGGGCUUUAGCGUGCGUCGAGUGGGCGGCAACGACUUUCGGAUAGUCCUGGGCGCGAAGCCGGAACGACGAGGCUCCGCUCAGAGCUCCGGCGCAUCGCCGAGUGUGAAGCUGCUCGCUGAUUACGGACAUAUUUUCGACUUUCUGCCGCGCGGCAAUAAGGCUCGCGUUGCAGAGUUCUCUUUGAGCGACGACCCGUCGACGAAGCUGCUGCUCCACGAGCCCCAUUUCGCUUUGAGCAUUCUGCGAGGUGAAGACGAGCUGGUCUUUAGCACAGCUCGCGGGCCCCUCAUAAUGACGGAUAAUUACUGGGAGUUAACGUUAUAUUUGGCAAGUGGCAGCAGCUUACAAGGCCUCGGCGCCCUGCAGCUCAACGGAACGACCAAUUGGAUUUACAACAAUGAAAAUCGAACAAUAAAGCCUGCCUUACUUGCUCUUCGAUCUAACGUCGCUUGCCAACUUAAUUAUCAAGCUCCCAUCGAAAUUCAAGUGUUAAACGGCUCGAACCUCGUGAUCGUCCGAGGUAUCUCCAUCCCCGACAGCGGUUUCACAUUAAAUCUCUACAGCGGCUCGUCUGCCUCGCGAACCAUUGCAAAGCUCAGCGACACUCGCAACCACUCUCGUCUACUGUCGGUCGACCGUAUCGGAUUACAGCUGUGCCCGGACAACCACGGCAGCCUGAAAUCAGCCGUGGACUCGUUGAAAAGGUUACUCAACUCGACGGAAGCUGGACACGGUGCCCCGUGGGAUUCGCACUGCCUCAGUCGGCAGCACCUCGGGCCGACGCUCGAGCCAGACGCGGACCUCGGGCUGGUCGCCGAGGCGCGAGGACUUUUGGAGCCCAGAGCGUUGGCCGCGCACUUGACUCCGAUGCUCGUCAAUAGAGCCGACAGUCCGCUGCAGUCGAGCUUGGAGAAGGAGUCGUGUUUGCUCGGCAACGCGACAGGCGGCACCUACGUCGGCACCUCCGACGCGAGAGACGUUGUGUAUCCCGACUGGACCGAAGGCAAAGCCCGUCAAGUGGCGGCCGAGUAUCUGGAAGAAUACCUGCAGCGGCUGCAGUUGGGCUUCGUCGUGACGAGGGACGCUUGGCCGAGAGACCAGGCGACCCACGGCGUGUCCGGCCAGAGCUUCGAUUAUUUACCCGAGGAGUUGCGCAGUCUGAUGUCGAGCGGCACGUUGCCGUUCGAUCUGCAGCGUGGCCGACACUACACCGUCCACAACGCCUACGCCCCGAGCUUCGCCGACUUCGCGGGCGCCGCGGGCGUGGAACUGCGCGGCCACGAAUGCAACUCGCCCGACGUCGAAGCUACCUGGUCGACUCUGCGAGGCGUCCUCGAGGCUGGAGUGCUGGAGGCGAUGACGGCCCAAGUGCCCAACGCCAUGUACGUGUGCGGGGCCAAUCGAGCAAGGAUCGACGACGAGCUUUGCGUCAGGUGGUACGCGCUAGCUGUCGCGUGGCCGAGAAUCCUCGCAGUGCCGGAAAAAUCGCCUCUUGUCGGCACGCGACUCAGCCGCAGCAGUGCGAUUCAAGUGGCCAAUCUCCUGAAACUGCGUGCCACGCUGACGACGUAUCACAGAACAACGCUGGCCAGCUUUGCCAAAGACGGCUCGCCUAUACUUGCCGACACCGCCGUUCAUUUUCCCGACGACCGACAGCCGCCACGCGCCUCACAGUUCCUUUGGGGCGACAGCAUCCUCGUUGGUCUCGUGUUGCUACCUCGUCACUAUCAAGUGCCAAUGUGGUUACCGAGUGAGCAUCCGUGGAGGCAUAUGCAAGGUGGUUCGCCUGUUGGGCCUUCAAUCAACGGCAGCAGCAUCCCUGUGACCGUUCCGAUGGGCAAAGUUGCUCUACUCGUUCGGCCUGGUCGUAUUAUUCCAGUUCAUAAGGGAGCGGCCGACAGCAGCGCGACAACCUCAUCGAGGAAUUUGAGCCUUGUGGCCAAUCCGAUCUGCGACUUGUCGAGCGUCUGCCAAGCUACGGGCCGAGUCUACUUCGGCGACGAUGCGUCGACGGGCGAGUUCCUCUUGAUCAGCUAUUCCAACGGGAACUUGGCGUUGUCGAAAGUGAAGGAGGUCCAAGAGGCUGGUUGUGGCAAGUUACCUACGAUCGAAACAUUCGAGAUACUCGGGACUACGACUUACACGAUAAACUUGAAUGUUUGCGAAUUACAGGGCGAUUUUGAUGUUCCGCUGAAUGAAACGCGUAGCUCGGCCAUUUAAUUAAGUUAACGAGCUUCGAAAUUACACAGUUGCUCACCUCGAGGAACGUACAUGCUAAUGAGGAGAGUUUACCGAGAAGGCAAAUUGUUUUUUCUGAAUUUAAUAGCUAUGCAUCUCGCAAGAGCGGAGAGGAAAAGUGUCGUCAAAUGCAUCCUUACGCGUCGAGAGUCGAUCGAGCAUGCACUAUGGCGCAAAUAAACAUUCGACGAAAACGGUUUUCCAGCUAUUCCGUUUUAAUGAAAAGUGGCGCAUCUGCCUCGUUUUGCUCUCGCAUGCUCUUACCGUAUCGUCAUUUAUGACAGAAUUUUUUUUUUUUUUUUUUUUCAAACAAGUCGAACGGGUUAUUAUUUAAUGAGUUUACAGAUGUAUUUGACGCGCAUCACAUAAAAAAAAAUGCACUUUAGCACGCUAGCGAAAGAGUUUAUUACAAUAGAAAGAAACGUUAAUCAACAAGUCGUCUCAUUAAGACUAGGCAAAUUGCCAGCUCGGAACACUGGAGUUGGACUUGGUGCGACAUAAUUAUCAAAAUUAGCCAGCUUCCGCUUGGAAUCUGUAAUAUAAUCAAUGGCGGCGAGUAAUUUACAUAACUUGUACUUGUUUUAUUUUCCAAUAAAUGAACGACAA